AUGAUUGAAGAUGCCAUUAAGCACGAAAAAAACGACAAAGAAAUAAAUAGAGACUUGAAACAGCAAAAGAGGGAUGAGAAGAAGAAGGCGGAAUGGGAGGCAGAGCAGCAAGCUGAGAGUACAGAUGAUGCGGAGCCUUCUGUCACAAGCGAGGCAAACAAUAUGUGUGUUCGAGUGGUUACUCCGGAGGACAUUGGUGAUGAGAUUUCUACUAGCGCAUUAGUCGUUGGUGGUGGUUCAGGUACUGAUGACGAAAAUGUUUGGACCGACCAUGUGUCAAGGGAUGAAGGAGCUGGAUCACCUCCCGGAAGUGCUACUGCUACUAGAGCAUCACACGACACAAGUGAUGAAGGCCCAACCAAGACCAUUGCCGAAAUAUUCAAAGACUUCAGUCCCAAGAAUGCUGAAUGGCAAACAGUUGGAGGACACGCUGUUCCCAAAAACUUGGAACAGCAUUUACUGGACGUUGCAAAGAUGCUCAAAGAUGACCUGGCCUUGUCGCUCGAAAACGAAAGAAAGGAACAAGCGAUAGACUUGAAAAAAACAAGAUUUGAGGCCACUAGAGCACAGAAAAAAAUUGUGAAGGAAGCAAAGGAGGCUGCAAACCGAGCUGCAAAACAAGAAAAUGAGAAUUUGAGAGAUACCAUCAAAUAUUUGACAGCGAAAUCGCAACAACAGUCAGGUGGUGCUCCUGAGGUGCAUCAAUUAGUGGCUGAAAACCGGGCGUUGGCGAAGGACAAGUUGCAAUCCGAAAACAAGGCUAAGACAUUUAAAAACGAGGCUAAGGAGUGGAGGCGGGUGUGCCUGAGCGCUUUUGAGGUUUCAAAAAAGUGCUCCGUCUGCUUGCCACAAGUUAAGAGAAACUGUACGGUACAGUCGGACAAGUUGAGCACCAAUCCAGUGAAGCCGUCCCGGCCCGGCAGCAACACAUUGGAGGAACGUCAAAACAAAACUCCCCGCUUCAUAUAA